CUCUCCUCCUGAGAGGAGUUUUUUUUUUCUCCACGAGGUGCCGGCCUGGAGAGGAGUGGAAGAGCGGAGAGGGGGAACGUAAAGUGAGGAUUUGCUGAUCUGUACAGGACAGAGGGACCAUGGCUGCGCUCCACGCCUCGCUGAAGUCCUGGGUUGUCCUGCAGACCUUGUGCCUAGCUCUGGCUCAAGUGAUGGGUCCACCUGGACCCCAGGGUCUGCCAGGCCCAUCAGGCCCCUCUGGCACUCCCGGCUCGGAUGGCAUUGAUGGAGAAAAAGGAAAACCUGGGUCCCCCGGACCUCCAGGGCAAAAGGGAGAACCAGGGCAGCCUGGUCCAAAUGGGCCACCAGGGGAGAACGGCAUUGAUGGUUUGAUUGGAGCAAAAGGGGAUCGCGGUCCCAUUGGGAGACCAGGCCCAAAGGGUCAGCCUGGUCCGAGUGGUGAGCCUGGGGCUCCGGGAUCCGGGCUUCCAGGUCUGGCUGGAGCUCUUGGGCCAACUGGACUUCCAGGUAAAAUUGGACAAACCGGUCCAAAGGGAGUAAUGGGACCACCUGGACCACCAGGACUCCCUGGACCCCCUGGAAAGCCAGGUCCCCCGGGCAAAUUCCUUGGAUUAGAAGAAGGCAGUGCAGACAUACAGUGUCCUCUCAACUGUCCAGCGGGUCCUAAAGGCCCUCAGGGGCUUCAAGGUGUCAAGGGACACAAAGGGCGUGCCGGAAUUCUUGGCGACCCAGGCAGCAUUGGAAAACCGGGCCCCAAAGGAGAUGUUGGGAUCUCUGGGGAGCAGGGUAUCCCUGGUGUGCCGGGUCCGAUGGGUUUGAGGGGGUAUCCAGGAAUGAUGGGUCCCAAAGGAGAAGCAGGCCCUCGAGGAUACAAGGGAACAUUUGGACCAAUAGGGAUUCCUGGACCUCCUGGUGAAGAAGGACCUCAGGGACCACCUGGAGAGCCAGGAGAGAAAGGAGACAAAGGCAGCAGAGGUAUCCAGGGUUCUCAGGGUGCAGUUGGUAAAAAGGGAGAAAAUGGUCUUCCUGGUAUUGAUGGAAAAGACGGCACACCUGGCAUUCCCGGAAUCAAAGGGGCUCCUGGGCAGCCAGGAAGGCCGGGUCCUCCUGGUCCUCAGGGAACAGCGGGAUUACCUGGAUCCUCCGGGGCAAAGGGAGAAUCUGGAGAUAAGGGCGAGCCUGGACCAAGGGGUCAUGUUGGUCUACCCGGUUCUCCAGGACCUCUGGGAGAGCCUGGCAUUCCUGGGGAGGCCGGUAUGGAAGGAGUUCCUGGACCUAAGGGAGACAGAGGCCAACGGGGACCCACUGGCCAACAGGGACCAGUUGGAAAGCCGGGAAGCAAAGGAGAAAGAGGACCCAUUGGUAUCCCGGGAGCACAGGGUCUUACUGGAACUAAGGGAGACAAGGGUUUCCAAGGCAAAAUUGGUCCAAAGGGAGAUAUAGGCGACCCAGGUGUUGAGGGAUUGGCUGGUGAGAAAGGAGAAAAGGGUAUCUCUGGUGAACCAGGGCCCAAAGGACAGCAAGGAAUCAGGGGGGAUCUUGGACAUAAUGGACCCACAGGAGACCCCGGAAAACCAGGCGAUCAAGGACCUCCAGGGCUGCCGGGACCAAGAGGACUUCAUGGAGAACGUGGAGUACCUGGCAUGCCAGGCAUUCAGGGACCACUGGGUCGGGAUGCAUCUGACCAGCAUAUUAUUGAAGUGGUUUUGAAGAUGCUGCAGGAGAGACUAGCAGCAGUGGCGGUGAGUGCAAAGAGGGCUGUGCUUGGAGGUGCAGGUGUGAUGGGACCUCCAGGUCCCCCUGGACCUCCUGGAGCACCUGGUCCUCAAGGACCGCAUGGCUUACCGGGUCCCCGUGGCAUCCCUGGUAUUUUUGGUGCACCUGGGCAGAUCGGAAACAUAGGACUCAAAGGAAAAAGAGGGCCAAAGGGGGAGAGGGGAGAUCCUGGCAAACCACACCAAGGACAGCCAGGACCUCCAGGAAUUCAAGGUCCUCCUGGCACUGAUGGUGUGGCUCGGGAUGGAAGGCCCGGUGAAAGAGGACCUCAAGGAUCAGCAGGAGAGCCAGGUUAUCCCGGCAAGGCAGGUCCUCCAGGGCUCCCAGGCUACUGUGAGGCGGCCAUGUGUCUAGCUGCAUCAGCAUACACCUCACCCAGACUACAGGAGGCGGGAACGAUCAAAGGACCCAAUGUUUAGAGGCCUGUCUCUCCAUCAGAAGUUCACAACACCUCACAGAGAGAGAAGAAGGGAGUGAUGCCACUCUUCGUAGUCGGACAACACCAACAUCAAGAACAAGAGGUGGGGGAUGGUGAUGGUGCUGAAGGUGAAGACCUCACCCCCUCUCUCUUAAAUCUGACAACCUGAAAUUUUGACUGGUAAAACAUCAGGACCUUAAUCCCCCGCAUCACCAUGACAACAGCAGCCCACAACCACCUACAGUCUUUCAAAUUCUCCCUUGUUUUGUGAUGUCAGUGUCAGCACCAUCUGAAGCUGUGUGAAAGAAACACUCUAGUACUGAGCUUUAUUGUCUCCCACAACCUCCAAGAGCCAGGAGGAGCUGGAAACCAAACUCAAGAAAGAUUUGAUUCUGCCCUUUGUUUUUCUUUUUCUUUUUUACACCAUUGUCACUUUAGAUACAUUUCAUUGGUUCAACAUUUUGGGUGACUCCUGUUGCCCUGCCUUUCUUGAAACAUCACACUUCAAGCCUUAAACUGUACCAAUAAAUGAUUGCAGCCUAAGUUUUCAGUCAGUACUGUACUGUAAAAUGUAUCUUUUCAUGUGUAAACUUAAGUGAAAUCUUUGAUUUAACGUGUGUACAUUGAUCCCCCCUUUUCCCUUUCUCAUUCCCUGCUUUCUACCUAAGUCUCAUUUUAGAAACUAACGACUAGCUUUAUAUCUUCUUCUUGUUGCUUAGCAACAGCAUAUCCCAACGGGAACUACCAUCUCCCACAAUGCAGUGCUGUAAAUCUUUGUAAAUGUGUGUUGAUUAUUAUGUAGAAAAAAAGUAAUGGGUUACGAUAUGCACCACCAAAAAUUCUGGAUUAAUGAAAUCAGUGAAUAAUGUGGAACUCUCUCCGAAAGAACGUUUUUUUUUUUUUCUUAGAGCGAAUCAGUUAACAGCCCAAAUGCGCUUUCUAUGCCACUGUCAACUAUUCACAAGACGACUGAUUUAUUUUCUAUCCGAAAAAGCUAUUUAUUGUUCUUUAUACAAUCAUCUGUAAAAAGGGGUUUGUUUCCAGGUGUUCAGCUCUCUCCCAAACAAAUAAAAAGGAACCUUUUGUAAAAUCCAA